AUCUAUCGACUCGCACUCGCCCCUGGGCGUCUAUUGUCUUCUCGAUGUACCUAUAUCAAUCUUCCAUCCAUACUCUUUUUUCCAUUCAUACUAACCCACCAAAACCAUCUACGAUCGACUUACAAUGACAUCCUCCCCUACCCCUACUGCACCCUGUCCGAUCCUUAUCGACACUUCCGGCGAACCGUACAUCCCGAUCCCCUCUCAUCCCGAACUCAAGCUCACCAUGAGAAAGGAAUCAGAUAUCGAUGAUCUCCUCGUACUGUUCAACACUCCUGAAAUCGGUAAAUGGUUCUGGCGUCGUCCAUUCCCGUAUAAACCCUCCGACGCUGGCGUGUUCAUGUCCCCUGUCCCCCGUUUCGCCACAUACAUCUCCACCACCCUCCUCCCCUCCCUUCCUUUCCCGCCCUCCCCACCCUUACCGCACGCCGAAAACUUCUUUCCAUUCUCUGUCCUUCGUACCGCUUCGGACGGCAAGAUGAUCGGCAUUGUCUUCCUCAGCCCUGGUGCCGAGGACAAGGGAGGGGAAGAAGGGACAUGGGAGUUGGCGUACGAUUUGUUACCUGCUUGGUGGGGUAAAGGUGUGGGGACCGGGAUGAUCAAUGCUGGAUUGGGGUAUUUGGAAUGGAUAGGCGCAAAGAAGGUUGUCGCUUUCCAUGAACCCGAGAACGCAGCGUCCGGUGCAGUACUUUGCAAAACAGGUUUCACGCGAGUGGAGGAUAAAAAGCUUAUAUGGCCUGAAGAGAAAGGUGGCGGUGAACGAGUGGUUUACGGUUGGGAGAAAAGACUGUUGAGGCACUAGGCCCCCCGGACUGUUACAAAUCUAGUGAUAGUAAUAUUCAUCUUGUGAUGUGAUGUGUUGAAAAACUCAAUAAAUCCUCCAAGGAUACAGAUCUGGAUCGCAGCAUGCAUGGAUGACAGAGGCGCCAUGCUCCGCCUCU